AUUAGCUAAGUCGAGACGUUUGUGAUCGAACAGAUGAGGACAAAGAGAUGAGUUGGCCUGAAGUUAAACAAGCUGACGAUGAACAUAGGUAUGAACUAGUUCUGAAUACCGCUUCAGUCGCUGAGAGAAUUGAUCAAAAUGGCCUGGACAAUAAUAUUUUCGAGCUAAACUUUCUCAAUUUUCUACAAAUAUCGAACACAACGUUGCUUUCUCUUCCGGUCGAAGUAGGGCAACUCUUAAAACUGAAAACACUGGAUUUGCACAAAAAUAGCCUACAGGAAUUACCAACUUCCAUAGGAUUGCUCAAGGACCUCAAAAACCUUGACUUAUCGGGCAACAAGUUGCAACAGGUUCCGUCAACACUGGCUGAACUGAAUUUGCUUCAGACGUUGAAUUUGAAUUGCAACCAACUAACGGAAUUGCCGAGUUUUGCACAUCUCGUCAGUCUAAUACGAGUCGACAUCGGUCAUAAUUAAUUGAAAGAACUCCCUCACGGAAUAUACGAACUGGAACACCUUUCAGAAAUCAUCGCUUCUAACAACCAGAUUACCAACAUCAGUGGGAAUAUCUCAAAACUGACAGCUCUCAAGGUACUGUCCUUGAAUGUGAAUAAGAUUGAAAUUCUUCCAUCAGAGCUAUCAGAGUGUCCUAAGCUGAAAGAUCUUCACUUACAAGACAACUCAAUUCAGGACAGGAGGCUUGUUAAGGUUAUCAAUCAAUGUUCUACCAAGGCAGUUUUAGAUUACAUUGCAACAAGAAGCAAGAAAGGGAAAGCUGGGAAAAAAGGAGGAAAAAAAGGGAGAGGUAGAAAAGUCAGUGAGGGAGCUGAUGAUGAAGUCAGUUCAGACCAGGCCUCGGCACAAGUUUUCAGCCAAGUGGUUAGAGUUCUGCACAGUGAAGAAUUUAAGGUUGUUUCUCAACCAAAUGUUAAGGUUGUGCGACCUUACAUUGUGUGUGCAGUGGUGAGGAAUUUGAAUCUUGUUGACAUGGAUGCUUUAAAAAAGUUCAUCAAUAUUCAGACGAAACUUCAUGAAAGUGUUUGUGACCAAAGAACAGCGGCUACAAUUGCCACACAUGACCUAGCAUCUUUAGCUUUCCCCCUGGAAUAUGAAGCUUGCCCUCCAGGUGAUAUUCAGCUGGUGCCUUUAGGAAGACACAAGGAAUUAACUGCUGAACAGUUGAUAACAGACCUGAGAGCAGAAGCCAUGAAACAAAAACAGAAAACAAAGAGAAAUCCUUUUAAAAGUGGACUUUUUAAGUAUCUUAGUCUCAUCGAAGGAGCAGAGUCAUAUGCUGUUUUAAGAGACUCUAGUAAAGCUGUUGUGUCUCUACCUCCAGUUACCAACUGUGAUAAGAGUAAGAUCACGGCAAAAAAGAUCAAUGUACUUGUGGAGGUAACAUCACCAGUCAGUCUUGAAACUUGUAAGACUGUAAUGGACAGUGUAAUCAUGAUGAUGCUUGAAGUUGGUUUGUUUUCAGAGGCUAACUCUCUGGUGGAUGAUGAAGAAUAUGCAACUUCCUCAACAAACCAAGAGCUUGUUAUUGAACAAGUUAGAGUAUUUGGCAAUGAUGGACAGCUCAGAGUUGUCUAUCCAUCAAGAGUUGACCUGCAGUUAGAGUCAGUUAAAGUUAUUCAUCCAGAAAAAGUUUAGGAAUAAUUAUGUAACAAGAUUUAGAUGGGUACUCAAGAGUCUUGUCAAACUUGUACAACUCACUUUGGACUUAAACUUCAAAAUACUGUUAGCCAUUUGCCUCAAGGGUAAUAGGGCCCAUUCUCAAUUGGCUUGGUAUGAGCACCCCCCCCCCCUUAAUCACUUAAUCACUUCACUCCUAAUUCUUGGGGUAAAGUAAUUUUACACUUCAACCAGCCAUGUGGCUCAGUUUUGGCCUGUUAUUAUGCCUGGCAUGAGUUACAAUAAUGCAUGUGAAAUCCUUUGCAUAACACCAAUGGUGGAUCGUUUUGAUUCAUUAUGUAAGAAGCGUUUUUAUAGCCUGGCAUGCAAUAAAGAUCAUAUUAUGCUGAAGAGCUUACUUCUGUCAUUAUAUUAGAAAAUACAGUAUGCCACAUGUCCACACCAAUAGGCUAAAGAACUCGUUUAUGCUUGCAAUGGGUGCCAAGAAAAUUAAAUUUUAUGGGUUAAUUUUUGUUGGUGGAACUUGUCACAUAGGUUAUUUUCCAAAUUAUUUAUCAGCGCUAGCUGUAAAAAAUGUGUCAAGGUUUUAUUAUAAUGGUUAUCAUUUACUAGAUCACUUUAAACAUAGUUUGCAUCUAUAUUAUACUUUAAUCAUUAUUGUAACUUUUAUAAAUCUUAGUAGGUAAAGAAUUUCAUAAUUCAGCCGAUGAGCUGCAAUGUACCUACCUACCUACCUACCUACCUACCUAAAAGCAAAGCCAUAGAAGUAAAUGUUUGCGCUGAAGUAAA